AUGGCGAUGCAAUGCCUGUGCUCCGGGGAACAUGCCAAUGUGGUUGAUGAACUCAACCCAUCAAAUGGCGAAAUCAAGUUGUAUGCCAAAAAUUAUGGUCUUCGAUGCGCUGGAGACAUGGGUCUCCGGCCGCGCCUGCCUGCACCCCAACAGUACACGGGUACCGUCAAGCUCCUCAAGCACAUGGAGAUUGCCAAGUGUUGCCAUAUGUCUGCGGCGACGGCAUCCUCGACAGCCUUGCGUGAGGCGUAUGGGUCGCAGGGUAAUGAGAUGAGGGAAUGGGAGAUGACAGCGCAAAAGAGCAGCGGCAUCCUCGAUGGCGAUGAGGCGUUUGAGGAGGAGAUAAACCGGGCAGAACAACAACCUGAGGUUGUGCAGGUUUACGGAUACCUCUUGCCAAGAUUUGAAAGACAAAAUCUGGAGCCUUGCUCUGAAGGUCCAAGGAGGUGGAAGCACCAACGAUGCCCUCAACAGAGCUGCUCAAUUGGAUUUGAAUCCAAGGAUGACAUCCAAGAUGAUAUGGUGCACUUGGCAGGGAUAUGCUCAAGGAAUUCCAAGAUGAUGGCUGCAUUUUGCACUGAAAUUGUGAGGGCCCAACCCGGCAGGAAGAAGAAGAAGAAGGACACGACAUGGCGCAUCUUCUCACUGAAAGAGCUUCAGUUGGCGACCAACAAUUUUAACUAUGAUAACAAGCUUGGUGAAGGUGGAUUCGGCAGUGUCUACUGGGGCCAGCUCUGGGACGGAUCACAGAUUGCGGUGAAAAGGCUCAAGAGUUGGAGCAACAAGGCUGAAAAGGAGUUUGCUGUCGAGGUCGAGGUUUUGGCACGAGUGCGGCAUAAGAGCCUCUUGAGCUUGCGUGGAUAUUGCGCUGAAGGCCAGGAGCGCCUGAUAGUCUACGACUAUAUGCAGAACCUGAGCUUGCACUCUCACCUGCACGGACAGCAUGCAGCUGAAUGCCAUCUUGGUUGGGAGCGAAGAAUGAACAUCGCCAUUGAUUCGGCUGAGGGCAUCGCUUAUCUUCAUCACCAUGCGAUCCCACAUAUCAUCCAUAGAGACGUCAAGGCGAGCAACGUUCUCCUGGACGCGAAUUUCCAAGCACGUGUCGCUGAUUUCGGGUUUGCGAAACUCAUACCAGACGGUGCGACCCAUGUCACCACAAAGGUGAAAGGCACACUCGGUUACCUAGCGCCGGAGUAUGCCAUGCUUGGCAAGGCCAAAGAGAGCUGCGACGUCUACAGCUUCGGAGUGCUGCUGCUAGAGCUUGCCAGCGGAAAGAAGCCGGUUGAGAAGAUAAACCCUACGACAAAGCUCACCAUCACUGAGUGGGCGCUUCCACUCGCUCGCGAGCAGAAGUUCAAGGAGAUGGCUGACCCAAAGCUGGGGGAUAGCUUUGUCGAGGCCGAGGUGAAGCGGAUGGUGCUCGUCGGGCUUGCUUGCACUCAGACCAAGCCAGAACAGAGGCCGGUGAUGUCUGAAGUUGUGGAGAUGCUCAAGGGGGAAUCUGCCGAGAAGUUCUUUAUCUUGGAGAAUGACGAUCUGUUCAAGCCUCAACCCACCAGCUCUGUCCAGGGCACCUCUGGCCCCUGCAGCUCAGACGCCAUCACCGAAGAGAAGGAAUCGAAAGAGGAUACGAUCGAGGAGGCGACUGAUUCGAGCGAGACGGUGCCCUCAGCUAGGUUACUUGUGCCCUUUACCAGUCCACAGAUGUACUUGUCUGGGUUCCGUGUGUGGUUGAUUUCUUUUGGCAAUGGUUGCAACGUGGGCUUGUAAGAUUCUUAUUGGACUGGUUCCGACAAUAACAAGUUGUUCCAUGUAUUCCUGUA